UUAUUUCAUAUCUUGAAGGCAAUACAUUUCUUCCAAGAAUCGAACACACUAUCAAUGUCACACUAAAGUCAUAUUUCCAUUCAUGUGGUUCAAAUAAUAAUAAACGACUCUCUUAAAACUUGAAAUACGGGUAUCCAGUCACCUGAUGGUUUCUUACAAGAAGUAACAAGUUGUAGCAUUGAUAAAAAUAGCUCCAAAUCGAAAUUUCGAAGCGUCUUUAACAUUUCUUUUCCUUUGGAAAUUUAUUUAUAUAAUGGCUGCAACAAGUUUGGACUAUCGCGAUUUCUCUCUUGUUUGCAAAGCUUUCCAACUAAAAGAAAAUGGCCCAAAUGGAAUGAUUUGCCUUUGCGGGCUGGACAAAGAGGAUAUUAUUUUUUCAAAAGAUGAAGAAAGCGAUAUUGAUUCUGUUAAUAGUUGGGGAUUACGAGUGUCUCCUAUGAUUAACGAUUUUAUCCUAUUAGAAACUAUAAUGGUACCAACAUGUGAUGAUGAUAUUUCAUCAAUUGAAAAGUUGAGAAAGAUUUUUCGUGAUAUGUCACCUUACAAGAGAUUGGUGUGGUGCGGCCGCCUUCUGAUUGAAUUCCACGAAGAAAACCAAGGCAGUCGGUAUUUAUCGUCUGCUCUGAAGUUUUAUGUGAAAGCGAUUGAAUACAUGAGAAGCGUUCCCGUUUGCCAGAUCUUUCCUGAUGAUACGAAAAUUAAAGAACUUGUAAAGCUUUCAUCUAAAUUUCGCGUUCACCAGAGUGCAUUUAUCGAACUUCUCAGAUUGUUUAGCACACAUGGAUUUUUUUAUUUGUUGUCUUCUCCGACUAUCGAUUAUGUUUUAUUGUUAGAAGAUAUAUUUAGAGCAACAAACGAACUUAAAAUAGAUAUAUUGGUAUUAUGGAAAAAAGUAGACAACAGAUCUUACCUUUUAUUUAAUGAUUUUGUUCAUAAAAACAUUGAAGCUUUUAUUCCAUUAAUCAAAUUUGGAAAGACAGAGUGUAUAUCAAUAGAGAGUGGUGAAUAUUUGACGUCAUCAUUCAUCCGUUUUCCUAUGUCAGUAACAGUGAACAGUGACUAUAGAUACAACUCACAAACAUCGAGUUUAAACCAAUUAUAGGACACUGCGCACUGAAGUUCUUGUGGAAUAGUAUAACAGAGCCAUUCCUGUCUCAGGAGGAGUUCAAAAAGAGUGUCAUAGCAAUCGAAUCAUUUGAUGAGCGAAAUGUCUUGACUGUAGCAUGGGAUUGGUAUGUAAGUCAUGUGCUGGAAAACGUCAUUUCACCCAGAGGACCAAGGUCUCCGGUCCAUCUUUCAAGGUGUUCCGUUCGUCGGCAACUGGCAACAUGCCUUCAGCUUCCGUGUGGUGUUGACCAGCUUGAUAUACCGAAGAUUUUAAAAGAUUAUAUUCUUUUGGAACAUUGAAAGCCUUUCACCAAUGCAGAGCUGAAAAAGCUGUAUAAUUUCGAUGAAUAAAUUUCAUUCUAAUAAAUAAAUUGCAAUUGCU